CACACUCACAGAGAAAAUUAUGGAUCAAUUUUUCAAAUAUGACACCCAAGAUGAGAUUUUCUGGAUGGAGGCAGCUUUUCCGGCGAAUCGAAGUGCUUUCGUCCGGUACACAGACCGACCCAUUGCUGCAAAGAGUAUGAGUACUGGAUUGAAUAAUCGAAAUUUAAUCAAGAGAAUGAUCGAUCUCUUGAUCAGGAGGAGUCGGACUCCGUUGAUCAAAGGUAAAGAACACGAUACAGAGCGGAGUUGUCGGCACAUGAUUAAUGAGAGGAUGAGGAGGGAGAAGCAAAAACAGAGUUACUUGGCCUUGCAUUCCGUUUUGCCUCCCGGAACCAAGAAUGAUAAAAAGUCAAUAGUUCAGACGGCGGCCAAAGAAGUUGAAGAUCUGCAGAGAUAUAAAGAAGAGUUGGAGAGGAGAAAAGAAGAGCUUGAAGGGAUCUUGGCAACAACAGAGAGUGUAAGGGGAGAGAAGAUAAGAUUAAAAGUGCCUAAUCCUUCAUCUGGCAUUGAUUCUAUGGUGGAGGUUUUGAAAUGCUUGAAGAGUAUGGGGUCCAAAACCAGAGCCAUCCAAUCAGUAUUUUCACCUCAUGAAUUUUCAGCAGUAUUGAAUGUCCAAUCCCAGGUUGGAGCUGGGGAAAUAGAGAAGGCAGUGCAUGGAGCACUACAUGCUGUUGAAAAGAAAUUUCGUUUCCAUUUCCUACAAGAUUAAAGAAAGUUGAAUAAAGUAUAGGAAGUCAAUAGAAUUUCAAUAUCCUAAGCCCAAAAUAAAUCAACACCACAUGACAAUCCAAUUUAGCUUAGCUGCUUUAACGCCAGUUUUGACUGGUCGUUGUACAUUGUAAAUUGCAAGCAAAGAGAACCAACUUGGAAGGUGUCACUUGGGCUACUUUUGUACUCGCCAAAUUAGAAAAUUAUAUACAUUCAUCUUUCUUGAGAAUAUAAUCUUAUUAUGUUACCUAUAAUUAGUAAUUUUUUUAAGUUAUUGGUUUAA